AUGGAGAACUGUAGCACAAAUGGGAGUACAAAACACAUAACUCAGCUGAUAAAGAACCUUUAUGAAAAUCAUGAAGCUGCAGUGAGAACUGAAUAUGGCAAACCUGAUUGGUUUCCAGUAAAACGUGGUGUCCAGUUCUCAGCUUUAAUUUUUUUUUUACUUUUAUUCUGUAUGUUUUCCAGAGAACAGCCAAUUUUUAGCACCCGGGCACAUGUCUUCCAGAUCGACCCAGCCACAAAGAGGAACUGGAUUCCAGCCAGCAAACAUGCAGCCGUUGUCUCGUACUUUUAUGAUGCAACCCGUAAUGUAUAUAGGAUCAUUAGUGUGGGAGGAGCAAAGGCUAUCAUUAACAGUACAAUUACUCCCAAUAUGACAUUUACAAAAACAUCUCAGAAGUUUGGCCAGUGGGCUGAUAGUCGGGCAAAUACAGUCUAUGGCCUUGGCUUUGCAUCGGAACAGCAGCUCUCUCAGUUUGCAGAGAAGUUUCACGAGGUCAAAGAAGCAGCCCGUUUGGCAAGAGAUAAAUCUCAAGACAAAAUAGAAUUGACAAACCCAGCUGUAAGCCUCACAUCCCCACCUCAGGACCUGUGUGCCCCACCUUCUCUGUCACACAGUUCAAAUGGCCCUGGUGAAGAGAAGCUAUACCGAAGCCAGAGUGCAGAUAUUGAACUCACUUCAGAAAAGGAACGCUUGAAAAAGAUGCUCUCUGAGGGAUCUGUAUGUGAAGUACAGUGGGAAGCAGAAUUCUUUACUCUGCAGGAUAACAAUGCCAAACUUGUUGCUGCACUUCAGGAAGCAAAUACAAAUGUCGAGCAGUGGAAGAAGCAGCUGGCUGCUUACCAGGAAGAAACAGAGAGGCUGCGUGAACGGGUGGCUGAACUGGAAUCUCAAAAAUUGCAAGAGGCUUGCAGUGAAUCUGGAAAGGAAGAUCUUGCCCGGUCACUGGCUGAGCUGGAAUCUGUGAUGAAGGCCAAAGAUGAAGAAAUUCAGAUGUUGAGGACUCAGAAACCAGACAUGCGUGAACUAGAGAGUCAGAGGGAAGAAACUGUGCGACGCAUGCAGGAAUUGGAAGUUCGCAAUGCAGAUCUAGAGCGACGACUGCGAUUGUCUGAUGAAUCAUUAUCUGAUUCGUUGACAGAGCGGGAAAGAUUGCAGAGUGAAGUUCAAAAAAUUGUUGAGCUCUUGGAUGUGAAACUGUUUGAAUUAAAUGAGUUACGUCAGGCUCUGGUAAAGGUGGCUGAAAGCAACUAAUAAAUUACGGGAGGCAGAAAUCUGUGACUUUGCAUUGGGACAAACAGGAAAUGUGUUCCGAGUAUUAGUUGCCAUGCAUUCAUAUAACCUGAAAAAUAGUGCCAUGGCGUUCUGAGGGGGGAGGAAGGGGGUAGCAGUUUUUCUCUCUGCUAGCUUCCUGAAGUACCGUAUUUUGGUUCAACGGUCAUUGCACAUGGAUCCUAAAGUAGGUUUGUGCCAUGACCAAUAACCUUUGAGGAAAGAGCAGAAUUCAAGAGUGAGGAAAAUGAGCAAAAGGUGUGUUUGUUUAGAAUGUACUACAUGAAGAACUGCCAAAACCUACAUAACUUUCUUUGUGUGUUAUUUACUAUAAUGAAGACAUAGUAAUUUACCUUAUGUAUUGCACAUAUCUAUAUUAAUUAGCAUUUCAUUUUAAAUUACUUUUUAUGUGAUAGCAUGGACAACUUGCAUCAACUGUACUCCUUUUACAUGUCAUCUCCCAAUGGUUUAAAUUUCAGGACAUCGUGUUACCACUGAAGACGGUUCAUUUGAAUCCAAGCUUUGCUUCUAAUCUGCAAAAAAAAAAAUUGGAUUUUUGGUUGCAAAAUAGUUAAGUAUGUAAAAGAAUAAAAUACAUUUUUAAAUGUGUUGGCAAUAAACAGAAGGUGUAGAAGGUUCUGUUUGGGAUGUUGUAUGUCUAGAGAUAUGCUUAUACUAGACACAUUUUGCUAAAAGCUUCAGCAUGCAUCAUAUGAUACUUUCACAUGAUGGCAGCUACAAAGUGAUAGCUGAGGACUUUAUGGAGUGUUCAUCUCAAUGACAGGGAAAAACUAAGGGACAGAUUCCAAAAGACCUGAUCUUUAUGCAAGGCCUAUCAACAAAGCAGACAUACACUUACAGAGAUAAAGUCUUUUGGAAUCUGAUCUUAAAUCAUAUUUUAAGGAGAACUCUCUUCUGAUAUUCAGAUGCAUAGCAUAACAUUUGAGAUUCAAGAAAAAAGCUACAUGUUAGUAGUAAACAGCAGUGAAAACUAAAAUUGUAAUAGUGAGCAGUGAAAGGAUUUCUGAUUCAUGUUUAUAUGUUAUGAAGUAAAGCAUAAAUAUGCUUUUCCAUGUUUACUUGUGAAAUGUACUUUUGCACAUUAUCACUACUUCAUUUGUUCUACAAACUUUUUGUUCAUAAAAGUUUUUUUCGCAUGCA